AUGGACCACUUCAACCAGGCGCUCGCUACGAUCAAUCCGAGCAGUCUGCGCGAGACGAUCGUCGAGGUGCCGGACGUCAAAUGGGAGGACAUUGGCGGGCUCGAGGAGGUCAAGAAGUCGCUGCAGGAGAUGAUCCUGUUUCCGAUGCCGGGUUGCGGGAAAACGCUGCUGGCGAAAGCCGUGGCGAGCGAGUGCUCGGCCAACUUCAUUAGCAUCAAGGGCCCCGAGUUGCUGACGAUGUGGUUCGGCGAGAGCGAGGCGAACGUCCGCGAGGUGUUCGACAAGGCGCGCGCUUCGGCGCCGUGCGUGCUGUUCUUCGACGAGCUAGACUCGAUUGGCACGCAGCGCGGCUCGAGCCACGACGGCACCGGCGUCGGCGACCGCGUGAUGAACCAGCUGCUCACGGAGAUCGACGGCGUCGGCGUCAAGAAAAACGUGUUCUUCAUUGGCGCGACGAACCGACCGGAGCUGCUCGACGACGCGCUGCUGCGGCCGGGCCGGCUGGACCAGCUGAUCUUCAUUCCGCUGCCAGACCUGCCCUCGCGGCUGAGCAUCUUGAAGGCGUUGACGCGCAAGACGCCGCUGGCCAGCGACGUGCCGAUCGAGUUCAUUGCGCUGAAAACAGAGGGCUUUUCGGGCGCGGACUUGGCGGAGCUCGUGCAGAACGCGAGCAAGGCCGCGGUGCGCGACCUCAUCAACUUCGAGCGCAGCCAGGAGGUGGCUGACGGCGCGCCGGUUGAACCGGCCGAGAGCGGACAGGUCGUGGGCCGCAAACACUUCGAGGAAGCGUUCGCGCAGUCGCGCUGCAGCGUCUCGGCGAGCGACGUGCUGAAG